AUUUUUUAGCUCCAAUUUUCAUUUUCAACACAAUCGUACCUUGAUUAAUUAGUUAGAUAAUCAUUAAUGUAUUUAUGAGAUAUUUUUAUUUAAUUAAUUGAUUGUCAAAACUUCAGUUAAAUACAUAAUUUAAAAUAAAUGUCAUGUUGGAUUUUUAGGCUAUGUUAUUUCUAAUUUUGUUCAUCUAUCAUUUAGUCUAGUCUAAAUAAUGGCGACUCCAGUGGAGGAACAAAUUUCAGUAGAAAUGCCAGACGUAAAAGAACAUUUGUUGUAUGAGCCGACUGUUCAUAAUUGGGUGGAUAUAACAGAAAAUUUUUUCGAAUCUAUCAAAUGUCUAGAGCUCGGAGAACUUUUACAUGAUGAAUUAUUUGGUUUAUUUGAAGCUAUGUCUGCUAUUGAGAUGAUGGAUCCUAAAAUGGAUGCUGGAAUGUUGUGCAAUAGAGGAAAUAAUAAACCAUAUACCUUCGAGCAAGCUGUAGAAAGUGGAGCAAUAAGAUUAGAAAAUCUUACACCGGCUGAAGUGAUAGGAAUUAUUGAUUCAACAUAUGCUUGUAUUGUCUCUUGGCUUGAAGGACACAGUUUAGCUCAAACAGUUUUUACUAAUUUGUACCUGCAUCAACCUGGACAGAUCGUAGAUAAACCAUUAAAAACAUUCUGUUAUGCUGUCUACCAAAUAAUUGAUGUAAUUAAGAAUUCCAUCAACCGAGCUAUGGUUUUUGAAGAAGAAGAUUUCCAGAGUGUUACAUAUGGUUAUAAACUUCAACCAGACAUUACUGAAGCCAAGACACUAUCGAUGUUAAAAGAAGUUGAAGAAGAACUACAUCGGAAAAGUCGUAUUAAACCAGUCAAUGAAGAGACUGAAAAAGAAUACAAUGAUGGAUUGGCACUUUAUGCAAGAAUAAGAUUUACAAAAAUGUUUUAUUUAGCGUUAUCCACUAUGGGCAAGAAAGAUAAUGUCUUACAGAAUCUUGGAGAUAUUCAGCGAUUACUUUCGAAUUGCACUGACAUGAUUCAAGUGAUGAUUAAAACAGUAAAUAGAGGAGAGAGAGCUGAUGAAGUAUCUAAUCACCCCACAAUCAUGGGAUUUGAUCCGAUGGUUAAUCAAAGACUACUACCACCAACAUUUCCACGAUAUACCAAAAUAAAACCAAGGAUUGAAGCGUUGGAAUACAUAGGAGAGUUAAUAAAUCGAUUGAAAACUGUAACAAAAGUAACUAAUUGCAUUGGAUUUCAUAGUGCUUUAGAUUUCUUCCUUGAAUUUUCUCGCCAGAGUCCUUGUAUUCUUUCACGAUCGAUGCUGCAGAUUAUUUAUCUUCCUGGAGGUAAUCGAGUAUUUGGAAUGCAUAAUUUUACAGAUAUUUUAAAAGAUGCUGCUAGAAGCUUCACUGCUCCGCCCGCAUUAUUGCCAAAAAGUACUCUUCUCCAAAAUCAUCAAGCAAGAGAAUGUGUUGAAACAUUUUUCUAUCAUUGCACGACAUUAUUUAAUAGUCUUCUACAACUCAGUGGACAUAAUAGAGCAAGGCAAAGAGAUAAACUGGCUCAUAUGCUUGAAGAUUUUGCUACGCUGCAUGAUGAAGCUGAACGUGUUGAUCGUCAUCUUAAUACUUUGUCGUUGAAAAAUGAUACAUCCCGAUCACAUUUAGCUUGUUUUGCUACUUGGUUACUUUACCAUAUGGUAAGAGUUAUGGUUAUGUAUCUUUUAAGUGGCUUCGAGCUAGAACUUUAUUCAGUCCAUGAGUAUCAUUACAUUUUCUGGUAUCUGCAUCACUUUUUGUAUGGCUGGUUAUUAUCAGCUCUUACGCGCGCUGGCUCUUUCCUAAUGGAACAGGAUUUUCACAGUGAAAUGCACAAAGGACGAGGGGGAAAGAAAAGUGCAAAAAAUAAAAAGAAGAAAAUGACACCUAGACCUUAUAGCUCCGAAAUUCACAUGUACAGAAUAUUACAAAAUAUAUGCGGAGGAUAUUUUGAAGCCCUUGUAGGCCUUCGGAUGGAUGGCAAAAUUCCACUUCCAGAAAAAGAAUUUGAUUCAGAACGUGUUAGAUAUGAACAUAGACUUUUAUCGCCAUUUUCUUCAUUGUUAUUACCACCAGCUGCUGACUAUGAUAAAUUUUUGGAUCUCACAAAUUCUCAUUUAAAUAAAAAAAAUGAUGGAAUUACGAGUGAAAUGCAAUACUCAGCAGCAUGUCGACACUUCCAUGAAGCUAAAAAUAUGUUGGAUUAUGCUUUGUCUUUGUGCCAGGAUAGAAAUUCUUCUAAUGCUAAUGAGAUAAAUGAUUUAUUAAAGGUAACUAAAACAAACUUCAUAGUAGUAAAAUUAUUAGCUGAUGGACAUAAAAAAGACUCCAAAGAACCACCUGUCUUCGACUUUUCCUGCCAUCAACAUUUUCCCAUUAUAAAACUCGUAUAAAAUCAUCUUUUUUUUUUCUUCAUAGCUUUUUUUAUAGGUAUUAAAUCGAAUCUAGUAUAUAUAUAUUUUUAACAGAUUAUUUCAUUUUAAGAAAAAUAAUUAAUGAGGAAAAAAUUAUCCAAUAAAAUUUGAAUUAUUUUAUUUAAUUUCUGUACAUUUUUAUUGAUUUAUUUGUUCAAAUUAUCUUAACUUCAUUUGAUAUUUUUAUUCCAAUUAUUUCUACCUUCAAGAUAGAUAGUAAAUAUAAAGUGGAGUACAUUAACUGAAAUAUGCGUUGAACGCGCUCAUGUAUUAAAUCAAAAUUAAACAAAUGUGUCUGUGUGUGAUUAUACAUCUGAAUAUUCCUGUAUAUAUAUACAUAAUCAUAUACAUGUAUAUAUAUAUUUAAACGUAAAAAAAUAUCCGUUGUACAAUUUUUCUCGUCAGGAUUGAUUGUUAAUUUGAUUUGUUAGUUCUUUGAAUAAAUUCUCACAAUUAAUUUUUAAAUAAAGAGUAAUUGAAAAAUCAAUAAAAUUGUACUGAAACUGCAAAAAGACUGUUGCCAAUUUCUUUGAAAAAAAA